AGCCAAUAGGAGAAGACAUCUGGUGUGACGACAUUUGAUUUGGAGUUCUUAUGCGCGAACUAACAUUACAUGCUGCAAGAAGUGCGCGCGAGAGGCGGAUCAGGUGCUCGAAUCAUCUAAGCCAUCUUCUGGUACAAUGGCCUCUAGUGAUAUUAAAGUGAAGGAGCUGGACAAGCGAGCCUCAGGCCAGGCCUUUGAGGUCAUUUUGGGCACUGCUGCCCCAGAAGUGAAAGCAGACUUCCCUCUGUCUCCUCAGAAGAAAAAGGACUGCUCACUGGAGGAAAUCCAGAAGAAACUGGAAGCAGCUGAGGAACGGCGCAAGUCCUAUGAAGCUGGAGUUCUGAAGCAAUUGGCUGAAAAGCGUGAGCAUGAAAAGGAGGUGCAGCAGAAAGCAGUGGAGGAAAAAAACAAUUUCAGCAAGAUGACAGAGGAGAAACUGAAUCAGAAAAUGGAAGCCAGUAAAGAGAACCGUACAGCAAUAAUGGCAGCCAUGACUGAGAAGUUUAAAGAGAAGGAUAAGAAGCUGGAAGAGGUCCGGAAAAACAAGAACAAGGAAGCAGAGAUUUGACCUGUUCAACUGCAGGAGUGGUGGGUUUAAAUGGGUGUUUGACAAGGGGUGUUUUUUUUUUUUUUUUUUUUUUUUUUUUUUUAAAUGCAAUCCAAAGAUUUUUCAUUUGUGUGUAAAUGUAGGAAACCUGAAUCCUUUACUUCUUUCAACUUUACUUUCUGGCGUUUAGUUUUUAGAGUGCAAUGCCUUUUUUUUUUCUUUCUUUCUUGUACAUGCGACUUUUAGUCGUUGACACUGAGCUGUGUUAGCUAUUCUCUAAUGCAUUUUCAGAUACUGGCAGUAGUCUUGGCGUUUUAAAGGAAGCAUUCUACUAUUACGUUAUGGUCCGUAGUUUGUUUUAAUGCAUUAAUGUAUCCUGCACUCUUGUCCGUUCAAUCUGUUACUGCACUUAUGAAAUGUAGGGUGGUCUUUUGUUUUUCUUUUUAAAAACCUCCCUUCAUCAGUGGCCAGUUUUGCUUUUCCUGCUUUAAAGAUGACCAAGGGCUAAUUUUGGAUAUGCACAUGUUCACUAGUGUAGCCAGUUUGGCUUGGAGGAUUUUGACUCUACUGUACAUUUAGAAUGGAAAGGAACAAAUACUUUUUGGCUGUUAUGUUGACCAGUGAAAUAAUAAAACAUUCCAAGACAAAA